AAGAUGACCAAAUUCCGUCCUUGUAUCGACCUCCACUCGGGUCAAGUUAAGCAGAUUGUUGGAGGGACAUUGAGCAAUGUCCCUGCGGAUUUAAAGACGAACUAUGUUUCUAAACUACCGGCUAGUCAUUACGCAGAACUGUACCAAAGACACGACUUACGUGGAGGUCAUGUUGUGAUGCUUGGUUCAGGCAAUGAUGCAGCAGCAAAAGAAGCACUGAGCACAUGGCGGAGUGGCUUGCAGGUCGCCGGUGGAAUCACCGAUAAGAAUGCUCAGUAUUGGAUAGACCAGGGUGCCGAGAAGGUUAUAAUCACAUCAUUCCUCUUUCCAGAGGGCAAAUUCUCUCUUGAAAGAUUGGAAUCGGUUCUUUUGGCUCUUGGAGGUGACAGGUCGAAACUGGUUCUAGAUCUGAGCUGCCGAAGGAAAGACAACACAUGUCGUUUAUCGCAUCACUUCGUCUUCGAUAUGAAGCCUGUCGUGUCGGUGUUGAAUGCGUGGUCCUGCGCGAUCAUCUCCCUUUUCGCUAUUGUCAUCCUCUCGGUUCUCGGAUCGUUAUACAAGAGUGAGCACCACGGAUUUACCGGAUCAGAGGGUGAGCCUGAGGAUGGCGGCGCGGUCGCUGCUUCGAUCUUCACAGCCGUUUUUGUAUACGCUGCGUUUUUCGUUUUCUGUUCUUUCCAGGCCUAUCUUCACGUGCGAAACCGCAGGGGAGGCGCCAUAUCGCUUAACUAAAUUGUCACUAUUGUUAUACCCUUCUUUUCGAUGAUGAAAUCAACCGCAACAUUUGAUUCUUUGGCCAUACCCAUAUAUGAUUACGUCGCCCAAAUGAUACCACGAAGUGGUCUGGAGUGGAAUGUGAUAAAACGUACAUGCAGUGUACCGUAUGCUGCAGCAUUGGCCGAGCAGAUGAUAACCUGAUGUCCCCUGACUCUAGAUACCUGUGUAUAUCAUGUAUCAUGGGCUCACCCACCGUCUUACUUUCCGCUGUUUUAGGUUAGCUUUUGAUUUGCUGUUCUAAGUGCUUUAUUGCUGGGUGUCUCCUUGUGGUGUAUAUAAAGUAUCGGUUGUUAUAGAAUUGGCUUUUCGUACUA